AGAAAUAAAAUAACUAAAAGAAGACACUAACGAUACGCAACUGGUUCUUCAGCUGCACUUGUUCUUCUUCUUCAACCUCUUCACCCACCAUUUGGCGGUGAUCUCACUUUCCACAACCCCACUUCACAAGUUCCAAUUUUGCGACCAACCCAGAAUCUGAAUUCGAGUUUUGUACGAUGAGGGGCCACGAUUGGAUCAACACGUGUCUCCCCGACGAGCUGGUGGUCGAGAUCUUCCGGCGACUCGACUCUAAGCGGAGCAGAGACGCUUGCUCCCUCGUCUGCCGCCGGUGGCUCCGCCUCGAGCGCCUCACCCGAGCCACCAUCCGGAUCGGCGCCACUGGCUCGCCGGACCUGUUCGUGCACCUUCUCUCCUCCCGCUUCUCCAACGUCACCAAUGUCCACAUCGACGAGCGACUCUCCAUCUCCCUCCCCGUUCACCUCCAGGGGAGAAGAAGGGGGGUGGAGAAUUCUUCGGCUUCUUCCCUGAAGCUGAAUUAUCUGAAUGUCAAUAAUGGGUCCGAGGAGGGUGAUCUUGAUUCCCUUUGUUUGUCUGAUGUUGGCUUGGCUGCUCUUGGGGAUGGCUUUCCGAAGCUUGAGAAGUUGAGCUUAAUCUGGUGUUCUAAUGUAACUAGUGAUGGAUUAGCAUCACUAGCUCAGAAAUGCAGUUCUUUGAAGGCCUUGGAUUUGCAGGGUUGUUAUGUUGGAGAUCAAGGACUUUCUGCUGUUGGGCAGUGUUGCAAGCAGCUUGAGGAUUUGAAUCUUCGUUUCUGUGAAGGCUUGACUGAUAAGGGUUUGAUUGAAUUAGCCUUAGGUGUGGGAAAAUCACUAAAAUCUCUUGGUGUGGCUGCUUGUGCCAAAAUAACUGACUUCUCAAUGGAAGCUGUUGGAUCACACUGCAUAUCCCUUGAGACUUUGUCGUUGGAUUCCGAGUUCAUCCACAAUCAGGGGGUGCUUGCUGUGGCUGAAGGAUGUCCACAAUUGAAAGUUCUAAAGCUGCAAUGUAUUAAUGUUACUGACGAUGCCUUGGAAGCUGUAGGUGCUAGUUGUUUGUCUCUGGAGUUGUUGGCCCUAUAUAGUUUUCAGAGAUUUACCGAUAAGGGUUUGUGUGCCAUCGGUAAUGGAUGCAAGAAGUUAAGGAAUCUGACACUAAGUGACUGUUAUUUCCUAAGUGACAAGGGUUUGGAAUCAAUUGCUACCGGAUGCAAGGAACUUACACAUCUUGAAAUCAAUGGAUGCCACAACAUUGGAACUUUGGGGAUAGAAUCUGUUGGAAGAUCUUGCCAACGUCUUACUGAGUUGUCAUUACUUUACUGUCAAAGAAUUGGCGAUGUUGGUCUUCUUCAGGUUGGACAAGGAUGCAAGUUCCUGCAAGCUCUUCACCUGGUAGAUUGCUCAAACCUUGGGGAUGCUGCUAUGCGUGGUAUAGCUAUUGGCUGCAGCAAUUUGAAGAAACUUCAUAUCCGUCGCUGUUAUGAGAUUGGGACCAAGGGGAUUGUUGCUGUUGGUGAGCACUGUAAGUCACUAACCGAUCUUAGCAUUCGAUUCUGUGACAGGGUUGGGGAUGAGGCCCUUAUUGCUAUAGCAGACGGAUGUUCCCUUCAUUAUCUGAAUGUCAGUGGUUGCCACCAAAUUGGAGAUGCCGGAGUGAUAGCCAUUGCAAGGGGUUGCCCUCAACUCUGUUAUUUAGACGUCAGCGUACUGCAGAAUUUAGGUGAUUUAGCAAUGGCGGAGUUGGGAGAAAACUGUCCAUUGCUGAAAGAAAUAGUGCUGUCGCACUGCCGUCAAAUAACAGAUGUCGGUCUUGCCCAUCUCGUAAAGAGGUGCACCAUGCUGGAGUCAUGCCACAUGGUUUAUUGCUCCGGCAUAACCUCGGCUGGAGUAGCCACCGUGGUUUCUAGCUGCCCCAACAUAAAAAAGGUACUGGUUGAGAAGUGGAAGGUUAGCCAGCGGACCAAGCGGCGAGCCGGCUCCAUCAUUUCCUACUUGUGUGUAGACCUUUAAGACCAGCUCUCCUCGCCUUGCCUCGCCUUCCGUAUAUACCCGUACCCCAAGCUGUGCAAACUUAUUUUCGGUUGGUCUGUGAAUGUAGAUAUAGGUGCUGCAUUUGAAAAUUUGAGCAAUAGUAUAGUGUGCAUGGUUGUAUAUGUUUCAAGUUUAAUUAAGCUGAACUUUUGUUUUCUUAGAAGAUGGAUUUUUAUUCUUUCUGGGAACAAAUUCUCAAUAACUUGACUUAUAUAGAUGCAUAUAGUUUAAGAUAUACUAUGAAUAAAAUUCCAAGUUUGAUAAUAUUA